UGGGGAAGAGGUGCAGCUCAAAAUAUAAUUCCAAGUUCUACCGGUGCUGCAAAGGCUGUUGGAAAAGUUCUUCCCGAGCUAAAUGGAAAACUCACUGGAAUGGCCUUUCGUGUUCCUACUCCUAAUGUUUCUGUUGUGGACUUAACCUGUCGGCUUCAAAAGAAUGCCUCCUAUGAAGAUGUUAAAGCAGCAAUAAAGCACGCUUCAGAGGGACAAUUGAAGGGAAUUCUUGGAUACACAGAUGAGGAUGUUGUCUCUAAUGACUUUGUUGGUGAUUCAAGGUCGAGUAUCUUUGAUGCUAAGGCUGGGAUUGGGCUUAGUAAGUCCUUUGUGAAGCUGGUCUCGUGGUAUGACAAUGAGUGGGGUUAUAGGUAUGUGUAUAUGUAAUUACAACUAAAACUUUUACAGACUUGUGCAUACAAAUCUUAGUUUUAAAUUGCACUCCACAACUAUAAUUGCGGAUGUUGAAGUCUCAGCAACAUUAAAACUACAAUUUCCACAACUGCAAUUUAAAACCAUGCAUGUAGGACAUUUUUCAAUACUCAACUUUUUGAUUUUGAUUUUGAUAUUCAUAAGAUUGCAGACAUAUCUGAUGCCCCUCCAACAGAGGAAGAACCAGUUGAAGCCCAUUCCUACAAAGACAAACCAAGUCAAGUUUUUCACCACCCUGGCUCCUCCUCUUGCUGCUGCAUUCCUGCUUUUUUCUCCAAUUUGCGUCACUCCAGUUUCAAGUGCCCAAACCCUAGAUAUCCUAAGAGGAGCCUCAUUGUUCCGUCAAACAUGUAUUGGAUGUCACGAUGCAGGUGGAAACAUUAUACAACCAGGAUCAACUCUAUACACAAAGGAUUUACAAAGGUAAAGAAACCUGAGAACUCUCAUUGUGAAUUGCUCUCUGCCCUAAAGUGAAGGCGUGAAUCAAUGUUUCUUUCUUCUGAUGUUGCUGUACAAAAAUGGAGUUGAUAUAGAAGAAGAAAUCUACCGCGUCACAUACUAUGGCAAAGGAAGAAUGCCGGGAUUUGGUAAAGAAUGCAUGCCUCGAGGGCAGUGUACAUUUGGAGCUCGUUUGGAAGAUGAAGAUAUCAAGAUAUUGGCUGAGUUUGUCAAAUUGCAAGCUGAUAAAGGGUGGCCAAGUGUAGAAACCGAAGAAAAAUGAUUUAGUAAUUGAAAUUUCUCCUCCAUCCUGUCCUAAUUAAUUGGUACAGAGUCAUUCAUUUAAUCGAUUUAUGUACAUUAGUGUUUUUAUAGGUUUUGGAAUUUUCUUAUAACAAUUUUUAUGGUGUGUCACAAUAAUUAAAUAGAUAAAAUAACUCAUCUGAAGUGAUUUAAA